UAACCGAGUGCAUCUAGCAUAAUUGAGGAGAGCCAAGAAAUAAAUUGAAACAUGGAGAGAAAGAACAAGGACCUCUGGUCCUAUGGCCUAAAUGGCGAUGACAGCGAUAAAUCGUCCGGCAACGAGAGUCCCUUCUCAACCAGAUCUUCGAGCAGCUCCAGCGAAACCAGCAGCGAAAGUUCCGUCGAGAAGGAGCCGUCCAGCGAACUGGAGAACAUCUGCAUUCCAGGCGGCACUUAUGAUAUUAUUACCAAAGGCAACCUUCAACAGUUUGUGCAGAAAAUCGACGUGAACUCAUCGCUGGAUGACCAAGGAUGCGACAUGAUGGCCAAAAUAGCCGAUGCCUUCGUUAAUGACGUCUCGAUGCGCAUUGUCAAGUUGGCCAAACACCGAAAGAGCCGUGUGAGCCUGCUGGACCUAGAGUUCGUCCUUAAACGGGAGUACAACAUGGAGUUCCCCAACGAACAUAAUACAAAUAAAAAAUGA